GGUUGGUCCAUUUGAGCCAAGAUGGCGGACUUUGAGGAACAGCUCAGCGAUGAAGAGAGGGUCCGCAUCGCAGCCAAUUUUGUUCUUCAUGCACCACCAGGAGAGUUUAAUGAAGUAUUCAAUGAUGUGCGGCUCCUGCUCAACAAUGACAGUUUGCUCAGGGAAGGGGCAGCACAUGCCUUCGCCCAGUAUAAUAUGGAUCAGUUCACACCCAUCAAACUUAAGGAAGAUCAGGUGUUGAUCACAGAGCAUGGAGACCUGGGAAAUGGGCGUUUCUUUGACCCAAGAAACAAGUUGUCAUUUAAGUUUGACCAUCUGAGGAAGGAGGCGAGUGAGCCGGUGUCGCACGAGGGCGAGGUUGCCCUGGAGCCGUGGAGGGAGGCGUGUGACGUGGCGCUGAGGGCCUACAUCAAAGAGCACUAUCCCACUGGCAUGUGCACCGUUUAUGGGAAAACCAUUGACGACCAACAAACAAUUAUUGCCUGCAUCGAGGGACAUCAGUUUCAACCCAAAAACUUCUGGAAUGGCCGCUGCCGCUCCGAGUGGAAGUUCAACGUGUCUCAAGGCACAGCGCAGGUUGUGGGCGUUCUCAAGGUCCAAGUGCACUAUUAUGAAGACGGCAAUGUGCAAUUGGUCAGCCACAAGGACGUUCAGGAGUCUAUUGUCGUUUCGAAUGCAAAGCAGACUGCUGAGGAGUUUGUAAAAAUGAUUGAAAAUGCAGAGAAUGAAUACCAGACAGCCAUCAGUGAGAACUACCAGGCCAUGUCCGACACCACUUUCAAAGCUUUACGUCGGCAGCUUCCUGUCACACGCACCAAGAUCGACUGGAACAAGAUCCUCAGCUACAAGAUCGGCAAGGAGAUGCAGAAUGCUUAGACCUGACCUGGCAUGCUACACCUCUGCUCGCGUUACAAGCCAAGCGACAAACUGAGAGUGGCCCAGGCCUGUGCUUGACAUUGGAGCCAGGCUGAGAGUGCAGGCUCCUACCAAAAGAGUGCUAAGAUAUGUUCCUUCUUUUUUUGUGUUUCUAAGUUUAAUUUUACAAAAGCCAAGGUUUAACCUCAGCUAAAGAGACUGCCUCCUUUUCUGUAUGUUCUGAAGGCUGUGAGCUUGUUUAAAUAAAUUUAGCAAUGGUCCUUGCUGUUGAACAAAUACCUCCUGCGACACCAGUGCACAUGCUCAGAUAUACUCCCUUCUGCACAGGCUCGGAUAGGUAUACUCCCUUCUGCACAGGCUCGGAUAGGUAUACUCCCUUCUGCACAGGCUCGGAUAGGUAUACUCCCUUCUGCACAGGCUCGGAUAGGUAUACUCCCUUAUGCACAGGCUCGGGUAGGUAAACUCCCUUAUGUACAGGCUCGGGUAGGUAAACUCCCUUCUGUACAGGCUCGGGUAGGUAUACUCCCUUCUGUACAGGCUCGGAUAGGUAUACUCCCUUACUUAUUUUGUCAAAUCACCCUGCUCACCUGCCAAAUUGACACCCAAUUACACACACCACAUUCAAAGGGGGGUGUCUGGACACAGAUUAAUCUUUGUCCUGGAAAAAAUGUCACAUCUCCAUUAAUUUCACAUGUUUGUUAAAUAUGCUUUGAAACAGACUUUAGUUUUAGCUUUCUUACAAAAUACUAUAUAUUUUCUUCAGAUACAGGCUGUCAUGGCCAAGUGGAAGAGCAGUCACAGAAUGAAGCAAUACAAUGAAUCAAAAUGGCUUGUGGUGAUUACUGUUGUGAUGCUACCCACACUUCAGGCAAAAUUCCAUCUGCAUGAGUUAGAACUCAGAUCUUCAUUCUUUUCAUCAUGAGCCAGAAGAUUUGUGUGGUGUAGGUGACAGCAAGAUUGUCCCAAGUACUCCAUAAUGUCUGUUUUUGAUCUGAAAGAAUCUGGCAGGAUAUAUUCUCUCUCUCAUGUCAACCUGUAGCCAGUUUUUACUUGUGUAUUUUUAGCAAAAUGAAUAACCUCCACCGUCAUGUUUGUGUAUCUAAUUUUGUGUCAAAUGCACAUGUCUCCUUGGGUAUAUUAUUGCUAAAUAAUUAACACAUUUUUGUUUGUAUUAAUCUUAAGCCUUUAUAGUCCAACCACAUUAUUCAAACUUUUACGUUAACGUCUUACUUUUAGAUGUUGCGCCUAUUAUAAUGUAAACCCUUAUACAGAAAACCACCCAUGGAAGUCUAGGCUAUAUGGCCACAUAGUGCUUGAUAUGUAAGGUGACUGUUGUUGAGGAAUGAAUAGUUCCAAGUGACUAAACACUCUGGAGAUGAUUUUUGAGGGGUAUUAUUUUUUGAUUUGUCAACUGUAUGUAAAUCUUCAAAGGGGUUUGUUGUUUGUCUUCAUCUGCUACCUGUUUGAUGCCACUGUGUGUGGUUAGCACAAUAAUUGCUCUCCUGAUAUCAGUGUGUGUCAGGUGACAUCGUAUAUACUUUGUUGAUCAUUUUGCCAAAGCAAGCCGCACUGUAUGGUCAACAGUUUCAGGUUACGGAUGUCGGUUUUUAAUGUCCCUACUUCACUGAUUGGAAAUGGUCAUAAUAUCGCCAUCUGGUGUCUACAACUGGGAUACUAAUAAGCAAUUUCACAGAAGGUUUACCCUUAUUUCUGCCUCCUUCCCAAGCAUUUAUUGCUGGCUGUUUUUUAACAAAGUGUAAGAACAAAUAUGAUCCCAGAGGAAUAAAGGAUUUGCACCAACUUA